GGACUGCGCUCUCUUUGAUUUUAUGCCUGUUCCAUCCAGUGACGCGUGCACACGCAAAGCCAGCUCCAGCUACAAUUUCUGGUAGAAGCUCCUCCCACUGACGCUGACAUCAGCAGUACCAGUCUUCUAAUGCAAGUGGGUCCGAACUGAAAUCCUCAGUGGAAAAGGGACAACACAGACACUGGAGGACUCACCUGUCUCACACCUGUUGUCACACUGAAUGCUGCAGUUUGACAGUGGGGGGAGGGGUCUCGUACAGGUGUGUGCAAUCACACAGGUCAGGCUGAUGAAGGUGAAGCUCAGCAGCGUGAAGCCUGUAAGUCUUCUGAGGGUGAACGUGAGACAGACAUGCUGCUGCUGGUCGUCUGUGUUCUGUCGGUCUACACAGCUGGAGGUUCGACACAGAUCCAGAAUCAGCGGAACCCCACUGUAAAUGGAACUGCGCAGGAAAGCUCGCUGUUCUCUGCACGCUUCGGCUUCACAGACCUCGCCGGGGUGCGCUCCUUCAUGCUGGAGCAGGAGCUGGAAACCCGAAUCAUCGGGGGUCAGGAGGCCUGGGCUCACUCGUGGCCCUGGCAGGUUUCCCUGCAGCUCGCCUCCAUGCCAGCCUGCGGGGGUGCUAUCGUCAGCCCGCUGUGGGUCAUCUCUGCUGCCCACUGCUUCGUAAGGCAUAAUAAAGUAUCCUUGUGGAUGGUUCUUGCUGGAAAACAUGACCUGGAUAAAGCUGAGGAGCCUCAGGAGCAGCUGGUGGGAGUCUCCAUGAUCUUCAUUCAUCACAGCUACAACACUGAGUCUAAAGAGAGCGACAUUGCUCUGGUGAAGCUGGAGAAACCACUGGAGUUCAACCACUUCGUCAGACCCAUCGACAUCUGGAUGACGCCGCUGCCUCUGCUCAUGAAAUGCACCAUCACUGGCUGGGGCUCCACCCGAGAGAAUGGCCCUCGAGUCAACCGACUGCAGGAAGUGAAUGUGACCAUCCUGCCCUCGGAUACCUGCAACCAGUACUACCUAGGCAGGAUCAGGCCCUCCAUGUUUUGUGCUGGGAAGGAUGAAGGGGGACUGGAUGCCUGUCAGGGGGACUCUGGAGGUCCUCUGUCCUGCUUCACAGGCACCAGGUAUGAGCUGGCAGGUUUGGUGAGUUGGGGGGUGGGUUGUGGUCGUGCCAAAAGACCUGGAGUGUACACCAGAGUGCAGCAGCAUGUUCAGUGGAUGUCUGACACCAUGGGUGAUCAGGCUCAAGUGUCUGAAGAUGACCUCAUAGAGGAAGAGGAGUGCGGUAAGCAACAGAGCUCCGGCUGUGAUCAGACUCCCGGCCUCGCCGAAAUCUCGCUGUCCGUGGACGGCGUGUUGUCCGUGGUGAAUGUGACUGAGUCCUGCCCCUUCCUCUGGCCCUGGCAGGUCAGCCUACAGUUUAAUGGUCGCCACUACUGCAGCGGCGCUCUGAUCCACCCCCACUGGGUUAUCACCGCCAAACACUGCGGCGUCAGGGCUAAAGAGGAUGUGGCAGUUUUGGGGCUUCAUGACAUCAAGUUCCUGCCAGUUCAAACCAUCCUGGUGGACAAAGUCUUUAACCCGCCGCAGAAAACAGGCUUCCCCCCAAAGUCUAACCUGGCACUGCUUCACCUGAGCAGUGCUGCCAGACUUGGUUCUGAAGUGUCUCCAGUUUGUGUCCCUGAUGAGGAUGACGACCUGGAUGACACCUGGUCUUGUAUCACAGCUGGCUGGGGAGCAACUAAAGCGAAAGAGGGUGUUGAUCCAGACCGGCUGCAUCACGCUGGGCUCACACUCGUCAACGCAACCUCCUGCAGGCAGAAAUGGGGAGGCUUCGUCACUGACUCUCACAUCUGUUCACAUCCUGCAGGCUCCACAUCCUGUAUGGGAGACGCUGGAGCACCACUCUUCUGUCAGAAAUAUGGCACCUACUUCCUGUUUGGUGUUGCCACAUGGGGCAGCUGGCACUGCGACUCAGAGAAGCCAGCCAUCUUCACCAGAGUGUCAGAUUAUCAGUCGUGGAUCAGAAAGAUGAUUUUCAAAUUCUGACUGAAAAUAAACUCUUUAAUCAAGCUGACUUUUACUCUUCAUCACACAUUCAGUCCAGAUGUUCCAGUUUUACA